AUGAAAAAAACUUUCAAUUUGGCGAUCAAGACUAGGCAUGCUGAGAAAUUGUAUGAGUUACAUCAGCAAUUUAUUGAAGAAAUAAAAAAAGAACUUAAUAUGCAACAAGGAUAUAUUGUACAAUCAAAUAUUGAGAAUAAUUUUUAUGAAACAAUUAAUAAUCUUUUUGCUUACAAGAAAGUGUUUAAAAAGACAGCUAAUAUGCAACAUAAUAAAAAGAUAAGCUUUAUUGCAAGCAAUGAAUCAACUGAUAUAGAUAAUGCUAAUAGACAAAAAACAGUUAUGCUAAAUAAUUAUUCUGCAAAAUCACAUAAUGUGAUACUUCAAAAUCAAGAGCAAGGUCAAGGAUCUAAAGUUGUAAUAAAUAAUGAAAACACAUUGCAAUCAACUAGUCAAGAUAUU